AAGGAAGUAGAACUUCACCAGUAGACUAGGAAAACUACUCGGGAUGUCAGUGAAUGAAUGGGCUAAAAGUUUCUUGAUAUCAGAGGUGUAAACUCUUGUGCCUCUGGCUGGGAAGGUCAGCAAUGGCGUCGCAGUAUGUUUCUGCUAUCUCCUAUUUGGAAGCGGCUCAGCCUGGGUUAUUGACGCCGUUGUUUGGCGGGUCGAGCGCUGCCGACGACCGUACAGAAGAAGAGCAACUUCCGCUGCCUUCUGGAAGGAAUUCUGGUGGUCAAGAAGAGGAGAGUGGUCGUGAUGGAGUUGCUGCGAUUGGAGGACCUAAGAAACGACAUGCGAAACGUCCAGAAGACUUUUUUGCCGAGCUAGCAGCUUCACCAACAGGAAGACGAACGAAGGAUGUCGUGGCGACGAAACCGAAGGAGGCCGACGUGGAGGUGGAGAUACAACUGCCAGAAAAUAAAGGGUCGACGUGUGCAGCUGAUUCUUCACCGCCGAAAAGGUCUAGACCGCCAGAAAAAGGGUCAUGUGCAGCUGAUUCUUCACCGCCGAAAAGGUCUACACCACAAGGACCAUCUCUGGAUGAGCGCAACAUCAAGACUGCUUCUUCUACACCGAAAAUCUCGAAAGCAUCACCUGUUCUUUCCCGACUGGAUGCUCCUGCACAGCCUUCGCGUUCACCGCCGUUUGUGUUUUAUCGACGGCGCAACAAGAGGAAAGCCUCACACGGCGCAUUGUCGUUUCAUGUCGAGAGACGUUAAGGCUGUACCUAAUACAUCUUUGGACGUACUAUCCUUGAAACUACGUAUGGAGGAGUAUCCUAAGGGAAUACUCCCCCAUACUUUUCAAGGAUGCGCUUGAAAGAUGAACUACGGACAGCGCUAAAGACGGAGCAACUUCGUUUUUUUACCCGAGAAGCAAAGAACUGGAGAUGCAGCCGCAUCAUCUUCCUCUUCUUCCUCGUCCAGUUCGUCAAACGCUGGUGACAUUGGCGCUCCCAGCUCGUCAAGCGCUCCGGGAGGUGACGUUGGACCACGAUUGGAAAUAAAAAGCAGCGACGUUGGACGAGCUCCAAAUCAAGUUCCUGUUUUUAAACAACCAGUGAGUGAAGGAAGCCCCACCGCAAAUCCGAUACCAGAUCAAGUUCCUGUUGUAUCGUCGUCAUCAUCUUCCAAGAGCAGCUCUUACUCUUCCACCACGAGCUCAUCUAGUAUCCCUUCACGCGAUGACCUGGUCGCUCGCAUUGAGGCAGCGCGUGCAGGCACUACACGUCCACUUCGUUCGAAGUCCAAUGACACUUCUAAAACAACUAGUGUGAGUGCUGAGGGUCUUCGAGGAAGUGGUUGUAAUCUCCAAAGUACAGGUAAAAGUGCAGUGAUUGGCACGACAAUGUCUGGAAGGAUCGAGCAGCUCGCAUCAAAAGGAGCGAGGUAUGCCGCGAAGAAGGACGUCGCACGGGAAAAUGGUCCUGGCUUCAAGUUCAAGGUGCCGCUCUCUCAGCGUCCAGCGUGGCAAGACGUGGAUACUUCUUCGAGGCCACCACCUCAGAAGCUGCAAUCAUCUAAAAAUCCGCUAAGCCCAGACGCAAGGAUGGCGCUGGAAGACUGGUUUGUGGCAGCAGCUAAGAACACUCCUAGUGGACCGUCGCCAGAUUGGGGCGACGACGAUGAUGAUUCUGAUGAGGGAAAGCAGGGUGUAGCUAGAAUGAAGCUAAGGGGUCCUGAUCAUGUUGACAAGAAUGUUGCAAAUAACGCUUCAGAGAAUGUUGACGAUGCAGUUGUAGGGGAUCACGGAGAUGUGACACCAAGAGAACAAGAGGCGCGAGGACGAUCCGUUUCCUACGGAGAAGGAGGUCAUGAUAGUUGUCCUUCAAACAAGCUAGAAAGUGAUGUUGCAGCAAUGAAAACUAGUGAACAAGGACAACAACAUCAACUGGGAAAUAGGAAGAACAAGCUUGUUGAGCAGGGAGGAUUCACUUCGCCGACAUUCGGAACGCCUUACAUGCAGCAACUAUCCGGAUCGACACUGUCACCCUCAGUCACUGUAUCACCGACGCUCGCUGCACCACUGGUGAAUAUUGCCAUUCCUGGAUCUUCUACCGACAUGGAAGAGUUGAGAAAACAGAUCGCGGCACUUGAGAAACAAGUAAAGAAGAGUAGGAGUACUAGUUCGGGCUUUGUGGAGGAGGGCGCCGACAACGACGAGGAAGAGAAAAAUUCGUCUGGUACGAAUGAAAUUGGAAGUAGUGAAGGUAGUAGUGCGAAUCGUUCUAGAAACAGAAAUGCGAACAAUACCACAAAAAGCUUAUCUUCAGACGCACUGCCGCGGAGUAGCACAAGGUUAUCUUCAAACGCACGUUCUCUUGUUCGCGACGAGGAUUCUGAACACAUUCCUCCUAGAGAUAGUAGAGAUACACGUAGAACAGCCAAGGAAUACGCCAGUGCUGCGAAGUAUCAUUCGAUAGCAGGAGGAGAAUCGGAGCGUUUUUCGACAUCCCAAGUUCUCAGGCAGUCUCCGACUACGCGUGAGAACGCGUCAGAAGUUAGGCACUCUUCAACUACUCGGGACUCGUCGUCGCCGCUGGAGCGCGACUCCAGAGGAGUUUUCAGUCAAAAAACGCAGCGAGACGGUAUGAUGAAGGACUUCAUAUCUUCUGCAGACCCCUCCAUGCUCCGCGGCCUUUCUCAGCUAAUGCAGGUCUUAGGACUUGGGAACGCCGAUUCUAGACCUGGCCCUGGAGGGAUAGCCGAAAUGGAUAGUAGCUCCAUUGCAGCAGGUGCGAACCCACAGUUGGUACCAGCACCACACAACCAACACCCUCUGGGCCACAUGUUCGCGGCCUACGCGAAGGAGCAGAUGCCAGAAACGAAAACGAAUGAAAAGAGUGCUUCGACAACUGAACGGGAGAAUCUUCAAGAAGAAAGAAGUGGUAGUGCUGUCGGGGAUCGUGGUAACACUUCUGUCGAUGCUAAAAAUGGAAUGGGUGAGACAGCUGCCGAUCCUACUGUUGGAGGGAUGAUCACGUUUUUGGAUCCCUCGCUGGUACAGCGCGACAAGGAGAAUUUUCUGAGACAGGUGCUGUCUUUCGUCGGCGGCGAGAUGCACUCUCGAUUGCGGGACAAGGACGAUGAACUAACGCACUUGCGCAAGGUGCAUCGGGAUCAAGUUGAGGCUUUGGAGAAGGAGAUCCGCGAAAUGGCAGAGGAUUCUGCGCGACGAGAAACGAGGUAUCAGAGACACAUCAAAAAGCUGGACUUGCAGAAAAAACAGACGGAGGUGGAUUUACGCGAUGCUCGGGACGAGAUACAUCAACUCUCUUUAUCGGGACAAGAAGCACAAAAUCUGCGAAAGGAGAAGGACGAGGUGGAAGAAAAAUUUAUGGACGACACAGGAUCAGGGUAGUAGUGAGUCGUGAUAUUUCUUUGCCUACAAACACUGCCUAAGUAAUCACUUGUCUGCAUGGGGCCAAAAGGACUUGUAUUGGUCUCCUUUCACAGCAAUUCAUUACGUACCAAACACGAGGGUAGCGAUAGGACUCACCGAGGAAAACUGAAAACUUUGGAUUUUGCUGUCUAACUACUUGACUUGUGUACUCAAACUCUAGGUUUGUCUAAAAGUUGUGUCUCUUAUGUUCUUAGUAUCUGAAAAGUGUUAAGAUGUUCACUCUAAGUCUCAUUUUCUUCAAAAGUAUCAGCUUAGCUGAUGUUUGGCUGUCUUUUACUUGCUUUUUCUGAUGAAAGUCAAGUUUUGGUCAAAGCUUUGAUCAGGAAAUGAAUUUGAAUUAAAGUUGAUAAAAAACCUUUUUUUCGAGGAUUCAAGUUUGAAAUUCAAACUUUGAAGUCGAAACCAAGUAGGAAAGUGCAGUUUUGUGAGUGUGCAUCGAUGACUAGAUAGUACGCAUGUUUUUGGCCCCUAAGGAUUCUAGUACUACUGAGUUCGCGAUCCCCUGUGAUGCUCUUGUCAUCCCUCUUACCAACCUAGUCCCCCCCCUUUCAUGUAUCGGAGCAAGCGCCUGGAGACGUACGAAAAGAGCGUGAAAGAGCUCGAUCUGGAGUUGAAAGAGCGGGACAAGAGUCUAAGGGCACAGGAUGAUAAACUGCAGGAGCUGACUGCGCAGUGCGAGCGCGUAACCUGGGACAAACGGAAACUCGAGGAGCGAUUGUCGAAUAUGCUCAACAAUGGUGGUCGUGGUGCCACCGGAGUCGAGCACUUGCUUUCCUCUGAGAGCGGAGCUCUUGGAGGCGCGCAAGCCGGCAUUGGUUUUGUGCGAAGUCGCAGUGGAUCCCCCGCGAAACGAAAUCUGCAGAGAAUGGUGCCUCCUCUUCCUCAAUAUCAACAUGCUGAGUCCUCAGAGUCCUCUGCGGGACAAAAGACUCCUCCACCUGCUUCGCAUUUUACGUUUUAUAGCGAACCACAACAAGAUCAAAACGCGAAUGGGUAUCACGACCGCAACAAUGCUGGAAGAAGCACUACUGCGACUGCCAUAGCACUAGCACCUCCACAAACAAGUCAUAGUCAAGUACAAGUACAUGCAUCUUCUUCUUCCUUGGUGAUGGAGCGACUGCAACUAGAUCUGGAUCGAGAGCGACUGGAGAGUUCGAAGAAGCUAUUUGCGUUAGAGGGUGAGCGGGACAGGCUUGCUGCUGACCUGCGACGCGAGCGGGAGGACCGAGGAGACGAGUUGAGGCGCGAGCGGGAAGCGCGGACACGCGAGCUGGAGCAGGUCGAAGAAGGCUACCGUAAGCGGCUAGACCCGGCAAUAGAGCAGAAACAUCGCGAGAUCCAAGACGAUCUUAAAGAGCAGAUUCGGCUACUCAAAACGGAACUCCAGGACCGCGCGAGAGAGCUGUUGGAGGAGCAGCGAGAAGGAGGACGCUUGCGGAAGGCAUAUACGCGUCUGGAGCGCGAAAUGGAAUCUUUGGAAACAGAUCUCAUGCGAGCCCUCAGUGGCGGCGGCGCCGGCGGCGCAGGGGGUGGAAUCAAGAACAGUAUUAUGCCUUUGAAGAAAAAGAACUAGUUCAAGUCGUGGCGUGUAAUCGUUGUCUUCUUCGUACUCUAUAAAUCUAUCAACGAAAUGCUGACAUCAGUGAGUCCUCUACUAGGACAUGAUUUUGGAGACGUUUAUUUCAGUGUUGGUGAAUCGAAAACACAAGGAAGAGAUGCACAUCUUCUAAGUUUCAAUGGGACGAGGUCAAAAUGCUGAGUAGAGGUCGUGAAACCAUAGAUACGGGUGGAGGUCCGCGACAAAAAUUUCCUGGAGGACCCGAGAGACGCUUGAACCACUGCGGAGGAGAUGUGCAACACCAGAAUCAUGAUGAAAGAGUGCGAGCUCGCAGUCACAGUCCGCCGAGCAUGUGGCCGAAACCCAGAGGUUUUUCAAAGAACCAAGAAGGUGGUCCGCCACUGAUGUUUUAUCCCGAAGGGCUGGACACGGUACACGAAAGAAAGGUAGUGGUGCAGUUUUCGUCUUCCCCAACGGCAUCGACCUCAAGUCAGGGGGUAGAAGGUCUUAGUACAAGGCCACCGGUAUUUUAAGGCUUGCCCCAAUCCAUCUUCUGAAGCAUUUCAGACCUGUCCCAUAAGGGGAAAAUUAUAGGCCCAAGAUGAACCUCGCGAUGGAUUAGGGUGAGCUCUAAGUAUUGUUGUCGAAGCUGCGCCAAAACCCUUGGUUCUGGAAGCCCUCAAAAGCAGCAGCAGACGUCAUUCAGGUGCCCUUUUCUCCACGACACAAAAGGGCUGCUUCCGUAGAUUCAAGACAUGAAACCACUGGUCGGCAUGUACGAGUGGAGCAAGCUCCUGUUGUUCGUCGGCCGGCGCCUCUAAUGCGACGUAAGCCGAAUUCAGUACGCGAGGAUGAGAUUGCAGCACUUCAAAGAGAUCAACACGUAUGGUCCGCGACUUGUGCUACAACAAUAUCAAGUAGUAGAAGCAAGGACAACAAAACCAAAUUGAAUUAUCACAGUAGAUCUCUUAACCCAAAACAAGGGUGUCCGACCUCUGCGACGAUGGGUGCUGCGGUGCAAACUAGGGACGCAAGCCGUGCGAUCGAUGCCGUCAGAGAUUUACGGUUGCGUCUUAAUGCAGCCGAGUCCCGAGUAGCUCAACUAGAGGCAGCGGAGUGGCGGGAGAAGUCAAAUUCUGGCCUCGAGAUGCGGUGGAGGGAGAUGAAUGGCGAGAAAAGUGUCAGUCGUAGCAUAGAUGCGUUGGAGCAACAACGUGGAUAUGUUCCCACUGGUGCUGAUCAUGAGGCGAAUCAUGAUUACAAUUUUGCUCCUGAUGAUCAACUGCAGCUGCGUGAACAAGGUUGUACAACUUAUCUUGGUGCGCCGGAAGGGAGUGGAGCAUAUCAGCCUUUGCUGGACUAUCGGGCACGCACCCUGUCGCCACAAGCGUCUUUUCCGUUGGGCAGCAGGAGUCUCGCACCUGGUAAUCUUGCGUCCUCCUCGCGAAGUAGAAGAGCGUAUUCCCAAGAUCGAUAUUUUCCACAGACGAGGCAAUCUUCAGCUAGUGCAGGCUCAUCAUGGCGACAAUCAACUGUUCGCAGAGGAGAGUUGCUUACAGUGAGGCACCCGCAGAGAUUUGAUAAUAACAUCGCGAGUUCGACGUGUCGGAAAUUUGUGUCCUCCCCAACUAACAGAAACGGCAGGCUUCCGGCUUUUCGUGCGCGUGCUGCUGCGAUGAUGCAACGCCUGCGCAGUGGCAUAACCGACCUCACAUCGCAGCCCCGUCUUGCCUUAGAGCGACCAUCUUUGGAGUCGGGUUCUGGUAAUCCCGGAGGCAGUGUUGCAACAACGUCGUUGGUAUUUCCCGGUGGUCCUUCUGAAUAUGACGAGAAUUCCAGUGAUUAUGGGAGUAGGAAGAGACAGAGGCGGAGAAACGGUACUAGCCCUCCAUCAACAUCUGGCGGCGGUGGCCGUCUGGCUUUCGCAUUCUCUACGCCUGCGUGCCGCACACGCCUUGAUGAGUUGUACGAGCAGGAGCUGGACCGAGAGGAGGACGCCUUUCGAUCUCGCAUUCAGCGGUUCCACGAUGCUGAGCAGCGGGAAUUAGCAGACAUCGCGAAGCGAGAGACUGAGGAAGCGAAGAAAAUGGAAGAGCAGUUUGUCUUAGAACAAGAGAAACAACUGCAGCGCGAAGCCUCAAGACGGACGUCAAACAGUGUCCCUGAUUAUCUUCGCGAAGGUGGUGGUGGCGACAAUUCGUCGUUGACAGCAGCUAAGAAGGAGCUACGACAACCUCUGCUUGAGCUUCUUUCAGGGGCGGCCGUGAAAACUCCAGAUGGUGGAGGUGCAAAGUCGAUCAGCAAGCAGAGCAAGAACGUGCAGCCGCCGACUGUUCAGCAGCCGCCUAUGCACUUUGCCAGUGGAGGCAAAAAUGCUGCACAGCAGAGUUCCGCUUCUGGAGGUCCGCAGACUACGACGAAAAAUGUUGGUCUAGUCGUGGAUGGACUUUUAGGUCGCAAUUUGUCGACUUCUGAUGCGCGGGUCGCGAUGCAGCGACACAAGUUUGAGCUGCGCAAGCGGCGAGAGCUUGCCCUGCGGUUCGAUCCGGAGAGAGAGCGAGUCCGGCAGAAGCAUGACCAAGAGCGACAGCGCGUCUUGGACGAGCACGAAGGCUGGCUUGAUCGUUUUUCUAGACGGCGCAGUAAAGAGCUUCACAGCUUGCAUCAAGCGCUGGACGCGGACGUGAAGGCGCUUUAUACGCGGUUCUCCCAGCACUCGAGUGCCGAGCACAGUCGACACUUCGUAGCCUUGGCAGAAAAAACGGUCACCGAGCUGGAGGAGCUGCGGAGACUGCAUGAUCUGGAAGUUGAGAGUUUGGGCGAAACGAAUGCGAUCGCGAUAGCCGAAAAAGUAAAUGCGCAAACGGCGUCGACGACUGCCGAUUUGGAGCGGAAAGGAGAAGCGCGGCUCGAGGAGGCAGAGCGAAGACUGCAGGGAGAGAAAACGAGCCUAGAAAACGAGCUUGCACGAGUGCGGGCGCAGUUGCAGGCCGAAAAAAGCUGUACAGAGGAGGUCUUGCAGCUUCUAAAAGACCGCGAUUUCGCGGUAAAAGGAGGUGCGGAUCCGAAGUUGGUCACUGAGUUUCUCCUCAGUGUGCGCGCGCGCAGUACGCAGGCAGCGGAGAUGUCUCUGUUAGCUCACCAGGCGGGCGGAGGCGGAGCAGCAUGUAUCGGAGCAAGCUCUGGUUCUACUGCCACUGGAGGGCUGCCAUUAAUGAUCCCUGCUCAAGGAGGGCUAGCAGGCGCAACCCUAGUGCAAGUACUGCAGCCGGUGGGCACAGGAGGAACCAUGGUAAGAACAUCUGAACAACAGGAGCAGCAGCAAGGAAACGAAGAUGUUCCACUUGUAAAGAGAGGUGGAGUUGCAGCGUUCACAGCAGUUCUACCAGAUGGAAACAAGACUACCGCACCUGCUUCUUCCUCAUCAUCUUCAUCGAGUAAGGAAUCACGCACGCCGGACGCGAAGGAAAAGAAGACUAAGAAGAAGAAGAGAAAAGGCUCUACAGGAUCAGACGAGUCUGCUGGCUCAGAUCAUAAUGAUGAAGCACCAGAGGGCACAACUGAGGGUAAAAAGGCGUCGAAGGCAAGGAAGAAGGACAAGAAGCAAAAGACGAAGAAAAGCAAGAAGAGCCGUCGUGCUGACAGUGCGGAUGAACGAGAAGAGGAAAGUCCCGGUAAGAGUCCACGUCCUUCUCCUCGGGCAAACGUCGGAGACGCAGCAUCAACAGCGCCAAGAGAUAAGGCUGAGCCUGAACAAGGUUCAUCACCCUUUUCACGAAGAAAGGCUGAGCUUGAGGUUGAUUUUCCCACCUCGUCUUCUAACUCUCUUCCCCCACCUCCAAGACGUCGUAAUGAAGAGAUGGUUGAGGAGGAGCCUAAAGCUGAAGCUACCUCGUCUUUCAAGUUACCACCUGCUGUCGAAAUGUCAGCAUCAACAUCUUGUUUCGUAGCGUCUCCGGUCCGUGCUGUGCAACCCUCAAACAGUGCACAUCAAUUGAACGGACUGAUGCUCUUGUCGCCUGUGGUCACGUCGAUGGCGCAGGUGCAGGCGCCGCCGCAGCCCGCUCCACGGCCUUCUCUGACUGGUGGCUUCGCGGGCAUCGACCGGGAGAAGGAAGUGCAAGGCCUGUAUAAACAACUAGGGAAACUGCAAGAGGACUUGGCGAAGUCGAACGCAGAUGAGGCAAGAACGGAGAUGGACAUGCGGAGAGCUGAAAAUGCAGAAGCCAAAAAGGAUGUGCAAAUGCUGGCUCUAGUAAGAAGAGAGCGCGACCAAUUGCUGCAGCAAUUGCGGGAGGCGCAAGCUGAGACGCACAAAAGAGAUCUAGAUUUGCUCUCCUUUUCACGCGUCCAAAACCGAUGUGACGAGCUCGAUGCGGAAAAGGCGGCGUUACAGAAAUCCUUCGACGACUUGACCGCAACGUUGCGCACGACACGAGAGGAAGCGUUUGAGAAGUUGAUGGCAGAGCGGAAAAAGCACGAAAAGGACGUUGAGCAACGCUUGUUCGAUGCGCGGGAGCGUCUUCGCGCCGACUUCGAAGAAGAUCUGGAGAAUCUGAAAGAGAAACACCAUCACGAAGUCGAAAGUUUGCAAGAGAAGCUGCAGACCACCGAAGCUGAUCUGGCCAAGACUCAGGAAAUGCUGAGAGCCGCCGCCGUGCUGGAGAGCGCCGCAGACGCCGCUGUGCUGCAGAGUGCAGUGGGUGGAGAUGCUGCGUCUGCGUUGCAAAGUGUAGUUGGUGCAGCUGCGACAGCAACAGCUUCUAGUAAUGGAAGAGGAGAAGGACAUCAGGGUUCGGUUCCACUUGGAGCCGGGGCCCUUGUCUCACAGGUGCAGUUGCAGCAGCUUGUUAGCAACAGACAAAGGAUGUUGAGCCACUUUGGUGCCACCCAGAGAAGCCCACAGCGAGAUCUCUUUGAGAAGAGGACCGGAAGCGGACUCUUCACUAACGACGUACUGGGCGGAGGCGGGUCAUCUGGUUCUUCCUUCCAUCUCCCGUCUUCUAGCAGCAGUAGCGCUUCGUCAGAGAGCGGUGGGCGUCGAGAGAAGAGAGACAAGAAUGCUAGAUCGUCUCAUGGAGAGGGCAAGUCGCCGUCAAGGUCAAUUGGAGGUGGCAGACAAGUUGGAGCGAAUGCUAGCGCAGGAAUGCAGACUUCAGAGCCAAUGGCACAGGCAGAAUUGAUCGCCAAACUCCAGGCGGAAGUCGGCGCAUCUACAGCGGCACUGGAGCAGGAGCGAGCGAAAAGAAUGCAGGAGGAGCAGUUGAGCGCGAUGCUGAUGACUCGCGAGCUCGAGGAAAUGCGAGAACAGUUAAGGGCAUAUUACCGUGAGAACCCAUCUUGUUUUACUUACACUAUCUUUUAUACUCCUGCUCGUCUUUAGUAGUAUUAGUUUGUACUUGUUGAAAACCUGUAGUGAAAGAUGUUCUAAGUAGAGCUGAAGAAGUGCUCUUAUCUGCAUUUUAGUUGUGAUAGACAGAUACAAAGUCUGAGGCAUGACACGUAGACACAUUUCUAUCUCGAGGUUGCAUCUAGUGGGAGACUCAGAGGACGCUCUUUAUCGCUUUGGAUUUGGUUUCGAGACACGAAGUUUGAAUUUGAAACUUGAAUUCUCGAAAAAAUUGUUUUUUAUCGCUUGCAAUUUGAAUUCAUUUUCUGACCGAGAGCAUUUCUCCUGAUCAGCUUUGACUCAAAUCCUUUCUGCUAUCUGCCACGUAUUCGAUCAUGUCAGUACCAAAUGGAUCUGUACAGGCAAUAGUAAGUUUGAAGUGUUUCUGACAAGUUUUAGAAUAGUGACAUGAACUCUUCUUAGAAGUUUUAGGUCAUCUUAGUGUCCCAGAUGUUUCAGAACUGAGUUUAACUUCUGAAAAUGGUAGUUAUAGGUGAUAGUCUAUGUUGUACAAGUUGAAGCUGUUACAUCGGAGGACUCUAGGUCACACUAUUCGAUGUAACACCACUAGUUUUUUAGAAUUUAGAGUCUUUGGAUCUGCAUCCUUCAUCAAUAACAUGAUCAUCACACUUCCCAGUGAUAUACGUUUUCCUUCAUACAUUUCCCAGUCAGAUCCGACCCGGGUUUUCCGUAGUGGUUAUUAGAAUAUUUACAUCGUGUUGUUCAACUGCAUCGUAUGUAGUCCCAUCUUCUUGGUACCUCUAAAACAAGAAGCGAAUGAUCAAGCUGCGAAGCUAGCGGCAAAAAGAACAAAGGGACACGAAGAUGCCGACUUGAUUUCUCGCAUAGAGGAGGUUCAGUCGAAGACGAGGAACCGUGGUGAGCAUGGUCCUGGCAGUAGCAGUCGUGGCUUGUUACUGGACAAAAAUCUAAAGAGUGUGGCGCCUGUCCUCGGAGAAGGCAGUGCCAGCGACUCAUCAUCCGCCAGCAUCAGUGAAGAUCAGCAUCGAAAAGAAAACGUAAUACGAUUGCAAAGUCUCAAGGAAAAGAAGAGUGCAAGUCGGCGCGAAAAAGAACGGAGUCGAAGACGGGAAGGCUCAACUGUUGCUGCAAGGAAGGCAGAUGUUGAUAUCACCCACGGCGUCGAUCUUCAGGACCGAGCAAACGCGACCUUCAACGAGAAGGUGCAGUUCGUAGACACGAAAAGCGUAAAGGAAAACGCUUCCACGAAAACGGCACCAGCCUCGAGUCCAGCAGAGGAGCAGGCGGAGGAGCAGGGAAGUCUAGCGAAGUCGUUCUUGCGUUUCUUCGGUAUAGGGUACACAGAACCGGACGAAGAUACUAGUGGCUCAGACACCAGCAUCGACGCAAGUGUACUCAGGAGUAGUGAUGCAGAAGGGGAGGAGGACAGUGAAUCGUCGUGGCUGGAUGAGAUAGAGGGCUCGCUUUCCUCGAAAAGAGAUGACCUGCCUGCUUUCUUCUUCAGUCCAGAUCCUAAGGAUGGAAGUCGUAGAUCUGGUACGAAAUCUUCAGCGAGAAGUGAGGCUAGCGCGGGCGACCGAACAGAAUACAACAAGCUGAUGGCUCAUUUGAAGAGACCAGGCGAUGUCGAGGCUUCCUCAGUCUCUGCUGCGGGAAGCGGAGGUGUCUCGGGAAGCGAUAUCGAUGCGGUCUCUGGCUCGGCAAUAAGUGCGGCAUCUAGCGCAGUCUCGCAAUCAGAAAACGGGGAGUCGGAAGUCCCAUCUGGCGUACGAAAAAAACAACCCUCUUCGCGAGGUUUUGCUUUUGCGGUUGAAGAACCUCCCGUAACUGUUGUGACGUUUUUGCAAUCAUCAGAGGACGACGAUUUUACACCGUCGGACGUAUCAGGCGUGUCGCAUCAUCGCAUGGAACCUCGUGUCAAGGAGCCAUCAUCCGCAGCGAGUCCUAGCAAAGUGCCUUCGACUGGUAGUAGUAAAAGGCCGGCCGCUGAGGGUCGUGGGUCAGCGAAUCAAAAUCAUGUUCCUGAAGAUUCAGUACUGUCGUCCAAAGGAGCUAAUGUGACUCUAGAUGUUGAAGCUAUAAUCGCGCAAGAAUCUCGCACAUCAUCAAGCGGUGCGAAGGCAUCAUCUUCAUCGCAGCAACGAGCACGCGGCAACGAGCAACGAGCAGCAGCUUCAUCGAAGACGAGCGGCACAAAUCCUGGACGAGAAGAUGGUCCGCAGCAGGUGGUGUCCAGUAAGGGACACGCCGUACGAUCGCAAAGUGUACGCGACCAAGAGCCCACGAGAAGGGAGCAGUCGGCUAAGAUCGCGAGCGAGUCAGCUAAAAACAUAUCUGAAGGAUCCAAUAGACCGCAGAAAGAAACAUCACUCAGGUCGGGCUCCCGUGGCACUGCCAGUCGUGGAGACAAAGCGAAAAUUGUGGGAGAGGAGAUUGAAUUUGCGAGAACCAUCGGUCCAGGUGACCCUCUCCUACAUCAGCAGAAUCAAAAGCGCAGUGCUGGCAAAUCUUCGACUCAAAGCAGUAGUGUCUGGAGAAAAGAGGUGGAUGCGCCCAUUAUGAGUUCUUCUCUAGCCGGCGACCUCAAUAUUGAAGUGCAAAACGCACUGAAAGCGGCACUGUCGGGGGCCGACACCUCAAGCAGAACGGCGUUUGCUGAGCGCUGGGGAGCAGUGGUGACGGACGAAGAAAGGCAUGCAUUGCUCGACGACUUGGCGACGAUCUUGAUCAAAGUGUCGGACGAGGACAUGCGGUUGCUGGCGAGGGAAGUGCCAUCGCUCUUCGAAGUGUCUCGAAUGCAAAGGGAUGCCGGCAGCGGUUUGACCACAACCCACAGCAACGUGUCGCCACUGACCUGUGCGCUGCGCACAGUGGAGGCAUUGCGCACGAAGUUGAACGAAGCGGCAGUUGUAGUCAGAAAGCGUUCGAAGAAGACGCGGCAAGGGGUAGCAGCAGUGAAGAAGCUGAAGCAUGCUUUAGUCAAAAAUCGAGAGAAACGUAAAGCGCUGCAGCAGCGAGCGCAGGUAGAUUAUGAGCAAAUCGCUCGUCGCAUCGAAGCUACACUCGCAAAAGGGAGCGAGGACUCGGUAAUACGAGCCUGGGUGGCAGCAAAAACGCACGAAAUACACACAAAAUCGCAGAAACUAGAGCAAGAUCGCAGGCAGUUCGAGGAGGCCCAGCUUCGAUUUGAACUUGAUUUUCGUGCUGCACAGGAGAAAUUAUGAACAGAACGUUGAUGUUCAUGUUGUCACUUGAGGAGUCUAAAGUAUGUAACGAUAAUGAAGAAACGUUUCAAAUUUGCAUGUAGUAGUAGACUCGAACGCUUAUUAUUUGAAAUGUGCUUUGGGUUUGGUUUGGAGACAACGAGAAUUCGAGUUUCAAACUCGAAUCCUCGAAAAAAUGGUUUUUUAUCGCUUGCAAUUUAAAUUCAUUUCCUGAUCACGAGCUUUUCUGCUGAUCUGAAUUUGACUCUUGUCUGCUAUCUAGCACUUGUUUGGUCAUGAUGUUACUAUUAAAUGGGCCUCUAUUGGCAAUAGCAGGUGUAUUGAAGUGAUAUCUAGAAGUUUGAGAGUAGUGAUAUCAUCUUUUCUUAGAAGUUUACAGAAGUUUUAGGUCAUUUUAGAAGUUUUAGGCCAUUUCAGUGUUCACGAUGUGUCAGAAUUGUGAUCUACAACUGAGUUUAGGAUCUAAAAACGGUAGGUAGUACAUAGUUUAAGGAGUAUAACGUCCUACACUGGAGCAUUCUAUGGUGCAGUAAGUACUUUACAGUCUAGCAUAGUCUGCAGUAAGUACUUUAGCUCUGCAUAGUUCAUCAGUGGCAUUAUCAUCACAUUUUCUAGUGGUGUUAUGCCUCAUAUUCUCCAUUCCUUAAUCGUUCUCCGAAGUGGAUAUUCCCACGACAUGCUCCUUUCAUAGUCGGGCGACAGCGCGCAAAGGGAGCUAACACGACUACAAACGCAGCUGGCUGCGGAGAGCAAGCAGCGAGCGAAGGAGUGGAAAAGCCUGCGAAAGGAGAAGGAAAGUAAUGAAACUGCACGAAGAGAACUAGAAGUCGCUUCCAAAGUCAAGGAGGAGGAGAUCGUGUCCUUGCGUGAUAAGGUGGUCGCUGCAGCUGCCACAAAAGUGGAGCUAGAGCAGCGUAGCAAAGAACUAGAGACGACGAAGCAGUCACUGACAGUCGUAGAAGCUGAAUGCGAACGUCUGCAGAGGGAAUUACUCGCGACACAAAAUUAUGAAACAAGUGUUAAUACAACUCCCUAAAAUCUUUACCUACUACGUCCUCCUCACAAUUUGGAUGAUAUUCCGAUAGCAAGCGUGGCUGAGGGUCCAUAUCUUUUUUUAUAAACUUGACACUUCUUCUUCUAAGAUGCAGCAGCGCGGCAACUUCGAGCUGUGUCGGAGGUGGACAGCCUGGCAGAGCAGACGGAGCGCAACCUGAAUUUGCAGGAACUGUUGCGCGUCCAGGAGUUGGCGCUAGGGCGUGCUGCACAGAGGGAUGCUGAUGAGCUGCGGGAGUUGGAGAAUCUCGUGCAAUCGGCACAUCGCGGUCUCCACACUUCCCUUCUGCCGGGUUUCGAAGCACCUGAUGAAGCCGAGGGAGGACGAGGACUGGAUGAUGUUGAGGAGGAAGAUGGUGAUGAGGAAGAAGAUGGCUAAGGCUAGUGCUGUAGCCGUAAAACAGAGACUGAUGUGAAUAUUUUUCGAACAAGUUGCCGACGCGUAUUAUACCUAGUAGACUCAUUGUCAAUACAAACCAGACUGGAAACCAUAUGUCUCUUUUGUGGAAAAAUUCUUUAACCCCUAUUCGAAUCGCACUUGAACUUAAUUGGUAUUCCAAUCGCAAUUGAACUUAAUCCGUAUUCCAAUCGCAAUUGAACUUUUUUUUCUGUUUGAAGUUCUUUGUUUGAAGUUCCUAGAAAUUCGAACUGUGAUGUCUGGAGCAAAAAGAGAGGUUGAAGUGCUUUCUAUAC